AUGAAAACUUUAAGAAUGUUUGUGCAAUGGUGCAUGUUUCUCUUCCUACUUUCCUACGAUGUACAUAUGGCUACUGCUGCACCAGGGAAGAUAAUACCCGCUGUUGAUGAACUGGAUCUGAACAACCUCCGAUACCCAUCCUAUCCAAAACAUGGCGGCGUAUCAGGUGCUUUCAUCAUCCCUGAGGAGUUGCCAUCACUUCUGUCCGUAGCUUACUCCAAUAUUCCACCGAUCAAGAAGGGUACUGACUCCCGUGUUGGGUUCGGCUUUGCGUUCGGGAACCACGCUGACUUCCAAGUAAUGCUCGAGCUGGGUCCUCAGACCAACACCAAAGCUUUGGAUGGCACAGGUUUCCAGACGGCGUCAACAAACGCCAAGCGUCAGGCUCCAUCACCACCGAAGAUCACAAAAUCUAGAGAAAAGCUUUUGCAAACAGAUGGCAGUAAAUACCUUCAGAACUGGGCCCAGAAGAUGAAACACCCUCAAAUACUAGACUUUGAUUCUCCAAAACCAGGAGAAGUUCCCAACUUAGAAGAGUCCGUGGUAGAAUUAAAAAAGAACGAAAAAGGAGAAUAUGAGAUCCAUCAACCACAACCCGGAAACCUGUCUCCAAAGAUAUUGGAAGAUUUGAUAAAAUUGUAUAAGAUUAAGAGUGAAGUCGCGAAGAAGAUGAUUACGAAAGAAAGGUCAGAAGAGGAGGUCAAGAAGAUUACAGAAGAUUUAUCUAAUGUGGACUUGGAUUAA